AUGGAUGAGAAUUUGGCGACAGCGCAAGGACAUAUCGUUUCUGUCAACGAGACACUCACCGUCAAGGAUGGUGUAAUUCAUGUCCUUAUCACCGUCAAAUAUGGAAUCAUCAGUUCAUGCAUGCGCAACCUAACGUGGAAGACAAAGCCUGGGUCAAUAUUACCAGCUGAUAUAAUGAUCAUGUUCGACAAUAAUAAGUUUAGACAGUGUGGCUUGAAAAAAAUGUUGCCCAAGAACUUUAUCAGGUGGUACCGUCAGAGGAGAAUGUCUCCUGCUGAGAGAGCAUUAAUGAGAAGUCUUUCAAGAAAGGCAGGCCGUUCACUUGAAGACUGCGCCAUCACAAUUCUAGACCUAAGAAAUUAUGAUGGAGAAUCUGCCACAGAAUUUUAUGGCCAUGGUAAAAAAGGUGUCAUCCGGAUUGCCCACUCAAAUUGGGCAAGCAAUGAGCGGGAGGGCAAACGUUCACCAAUUGAUCGCUAG